AUGUUCAUUUAACAUCGUCCUGACCGAACCUAAUUUGUUGGCAUUUAACUUACAAUAAGUCGUACGAUAAGUAACAUAAAAUUUAAACCUGCUGAAAGUCUUUCAAUUCGAAUUUUUAUCUCUGUUCAACAUUGAUUGUCUACUAUAAUUAAAAUUUAAACGACGAUUUCCUUUUUAACUACCUAAUUUAAAAUUGUCUUAUUAGAACAACAAUGGCCGAUGAAGACUGGGGAGACGUACAAGUAGUAGGCAAUGUUGACUCGGCUCCUUUACAGGUGGCUGCCGAUUUGCCUGAAGUGAAAUUGUUCGGUAGAUGGAGCUGCGACGAUGUAGAAGUGUCUGACAUGUCCUUGCAAGAUUAUAUCGCCGUUAAAGAGAAGUAUGCCAAAUACGUACCUCACUCGGCUGGUCGGUACGCGGCUAAACGUUUUCGCAAGGCUCAGUGUCCUAUCGUUGAGCGUUUAACUAAUUCUUUGAUGAUGCACGGACGCAACAACGGAAAAAAAUUAAUGGCUGUUCGAAUUGUUAAGCAUUCUUUCGAGAUUAUCUAUUUGUUAACUGGUGAAAACCCAUUGCAAGUGCUCGUUAAAGCCAUUAUUAACAGUGGACCCAGAGAAGACUCCACCCGUAUUGGUAGGGCCGGUACUGUCAGACGUCAAGCCGUCGAUGUUUCUCCGCUCAGGCGAGUCAACCAAGCUAUUUGGUUGCUUUGCACAGGAUCUCGCGAAGCCGCCUUCAGAAAUAUCAAGACCAUCGCUGAAUGUUUAGCUGAUGAGCUUAUUAAUGCUGCUAAGGGAUCGUCAAACUCUUACGCCAUCAAGAAAAAGGACGAAUUGGAACGUGUUGCAAAAUCUAACCGUUAAUUUCCAUC